AUGGCUGCCAAUUUCGAGGACAAAACCACAUUGUUUAACUUCGUGGUCAAACAAGGUCACGGUGUGAAGGGUCUGAUAGACUUGGGCCUGUCUUGUGUUCCACAACCAUUCAUCCAACCGCUCGCUGAGCGAAUCGCGACCCCAAACGCUCCUACGUGUGAGGCUGCAGAAACAAUCGAUCUUUCCCAGCUAGACGGUCCACACCACAAGGAUGUGGCCAAACAGAUCGUUGAAGCUGCCGAGACACUUGGCUUCUUCCAGGUGGUGAACCAUGGUGUUUCGGUGGACCUGUUGGAAUUGCUAAAAACAUCGGCUCAUGAGUUUUUCGCUCAAGCUCCUGAGGAAAAAGCGAUGUAUCUAAAAGAAGUGAGUCCAAGCAAGCUGGUUAAGUACGGAACGAGCUUCGUGCCAGAGAAGGAGAAGGCGAUUGAGUGGAAGGAUUAUGUGAGCAUGCUUUACACCAAUGACCAUGAGGCUCUUCAACACUGGCCUCAACCAUGCAGAGAGGUGGCACUUGAGUUCUUGAAAUCGUCGAUAAAAAUGGUGAAAAGGGUAGUUGAAAUUCUGAUGGAGAAUGUAGGAGUGACACUAGAAGAGGAAAGAAUGAAUGGUUUGAUGGGGACCAAGAUGGUCAACAUGAACUACUACCCAACCUGUCCCAGCCCCGAGCUGACCAUCGGCGUGGGUCGUCACUCCGACAUGGGAAUGUUGACCGUUUUAUUGCAAGACGGCAUUGGUGGUCUCUACGUUAAACUAGACAACGGUGAAUGGGCCGAGAUCCCUCCUAUCAACGGAGCUUUGGUCAUUAAUGUCGGCGACACCUUGCAGAUUCUAAGCAAUGGCAAGUACAAAAGUGCUGAGCAUAGGGUUCGAACCACAAACAUCAGCUCGAGAGUCUCUGUGCCCAUUUUCACGGCACCUAACCCCUCCGAGAAAAUCGGUCCGUUGCCGGAAGUUGUGAAGCGCGACGGAGUGGCUCGUUACAAGGAGUUGUUGUUUCAAGACUACAUGAAUAACUUCUUCGGCCAACCACACGACGGCAAAAAAUCUCUUGAUUUCGCACGUGCCGAUUGA